GAGAGAGAGAGACAGAGAGAGACAGAGAGAGACAGAGAGAGAGAGAGAGAGAGAGAGAGAGAGAGAGAGAGAGAGGCCGACUGGCUGGUGUUGAUAUUGUGGUGUCAUCGACGUCACAGUUCGUUUCUGUCUCCGACGUCCUCUCCCGUCACCUCUCCGCUUCUCCGUCCGUCUCCCUGUGUCUCUCUGGCCUGCGCGAAUCACUACCCGGUCUAUGUGGGUCACGGGGGUGAUGACACGUGA